AAUAUGUUGAGCGGCGCGAAAGCAAUAAGAAGCACCUCUCGCCUGGUCUCAAUUCUUUUCCUGUUUUUCAGAUCCCCCAUUGGACAACAAUACUUGAUCGUGGGUGGAGACUAGACAGAGAAGACAUCUUAUGGCUCCAAAGAGACUACAGAGAGAGAGAGACUCAACCAGAGACAGCAGCGCCCUAGAGAGAAACAAGCUUCUGAAGACUAUAUCCAAGACAGGAUCCAGAGAGACCAGAGUUAUGGAGACACAUCACUGUGACUCUUGUGGGAAGAGCCUUUCCUCAUCCAAUUCCCUCAAGAACCACAUAAUGAUCCACACUGGAGAGAAGCCCUACAGCUGUGACCUCUGUGGUAAAACCUUUAGCCGGGCUGGUACUCUCAAAGUUCACCACAGGAUCCACACUGGAGAGAAGCCCUACAGCUGUGACCUCUGUGGUAAAACCUUUAACCAGGCAGGCCAUUUCAGAGCUCACCGCAGGAUCCACACUGGAGAGAAGCCCUACAGCUGUGACCUCUGUGGUAAAACCUUUUGCCUGGCUAGUACUCUAAACGUUCACCGUAGGAGCCACACUGAAGAGAAGCCCUUCAGCUGUGACCUCUGUGGUAAAACCUUUCGCCUGGCUGGUACUCUCAACGUUCACAGUAGGAUCCACACUGAAGAGAAGCCCUUCAGCUGUGACCUCUGUGGUAAAACCUUUAGCCAGGCUUGCAGCUUAAGAGGUCACCGCAGGAUCCACACUAGAGAGAAGCCCUACAGCUGUGACCUCUGUGGUAAAACCUUUAGCCUGGCUAGUACUCUCAACGUUCACCGCAGGAUCCACACUGGAGAGAAGCCCUACAGCUGUGACCUCUGUGGUAAAACCUAUAACCAGGCUGGCCAAUUAACGGUUCACCACAGGAUCCACACUGAAGAGAAGCCUUACAGCUGUUACCUCUGUGGUAAAACCUUUGGACGACUUGAAAGUUUCAGAGCUCACAGCUGGAUCCAUACUGGGGAGAAGCCCUACAGCUGUGACCUCUGUGGUAAAACCUUUACACGGGUUGACAGUUUAAGAGAUCACUGCAGGAUCCAUACUGGGGAGAAACCCUACAGCUGUGACCUCUGUGGUAAAACCUUUAGUAGCGCUUCUAUUUUCAGAGUGCACAGUAGGACCCACACUGGGGAAAAGCCCCACAGCUGUAAAUGCUGUGAUAAAGCCUUUUCUACCUCAGGUGGGUUGAAGAAACACAGCACGAUCCACACAGGAAAGAAGCCUUACAGCUGCCCACACUGUGACUACUCAGGUAAAACAAAUGGCAAUCUGAAGAGUCACCUGCGUAUCCACAAUAGAAAAAACCCAAAGCAGUGAUGUCUGGGGCCAAGCUGUCCCAGCAGUCACCACCUGAGAGAACUUCUGUAUGACCCACAGCUGUAAGAACUACUGGCCUACACCUACUGGGACAGCACAAGCAGUAACACACCAUGAAAAUGUAUUAUCAUGUGAUCCUGUGAUAGUAGACUUGGUGGUUCUGAUGUAGAGGGUUGCUAUGUCUCUCACCAAGUGAUCAUUUGCUAUGGUUUUUCAGAAUAUACUGACUAUAUUUCAGACAAUACUGACUGAUUAUGUUGAAUCUGUCUAUAUGUACUCGGACUAUAUUGAAGUCCUGUUGUUCUAUGAACCUUCUUUCUACAUACACUAGUUGUCGCUUUGGAUAAAAGUGCCUGCUCCGGAGGCAGAAGCGCUCAUUGCCACAGGCAGCAGCGCUCGCUGCUAGCUUUGUGACGAAUUUGACGUCAGAUGCAUCACAAAGCAAGGGAAUCAGCAGAGGAGAUAAACAGUGGGCUGAUGUCUGAGUUUUUGGUAUUUAUGAUUCUAGUUCAUUGUAGAAAGACCUUAAAACAGGGUUUAUCAUCAAAAAACCUUCACUAAUGAUUUAAACAUCGAAAAAUAUUGUAGUUAUGUGUAGCCAGGUGAACUAUGGGUAGGAUUGUUCUUGAGCGGUUCAAAUACUAUUGUUUGUUUUAAUAUAAGUUUGGUGCUUAAAUAGUGGCUUCUUUUGGUUGGGGUUACACUCACCUUAAGAGCAGUUCACGUUUAGCUCAUGAGGGUGUUGAAAUUGCGUUUCACGUCACAAAGUUAGCACGGGUUGAUGACUGGAAGAGAUAGCAUCCAAUACAGGAAUUCUUGCCGACAAAAUUAGAAAUAAGGAUUAAAAAUGUUUACUUUUCAUUAAUGGGCCAUCGAUGUUGGUGGAUGAGAAAACUGUGAAUUUAACGGACCAAUAUUUGUUGUUGAUAUUGCUGGUUGUAUUUCUGGUUUCCGUGUGUGAUUUAGCACACAGGCUGUACACCGGAGAGAAAGUGAGUUUAUAUCAAGAAAUGUCAUGAACAAUGGUUAAUUGUCAACAAAAUGUUUUAAUUUACCAAUGUACUCUGUGUGGCUCAACCAUUGUAUUUUGUUUCUUUUCUUUCAUUAUUCAGAAGAGAGCCACUACUGUACUGUUAAUGCCUAUCUUGUGCCUAUUUUAGGACGUCAGUAGAAAUAAGUAUUUUUGUUCCGAAAGCUCCUCAGUGCUUAAAUAUUAAUACUGUUCUCACUGAGUGCCGUCAGGGAAUAAAACCCCCCAAAUAAAUAUAAAUAAUCUAUAUUCCUGUGUCCGGUCUUACUAUUACCAGGCCACUGUAUGCGUUAUUAUGCUAUGAUUUUGGCCCACUUGAGAUCAAAGUGGGCAGUAUUUGGCCCCUUAACUAAAAUAAGUUUGAUACCCCUGCAUUAGACUGCAUAACCUGCUGUGUGUCUAAUAUAAACUUAGAUAAAGUUUCUCUUUGGGUUAAAUGAACGUCUUCAGAUGUGCAAUUUGCAUCCGCGAGAGAAGUUACUCACAAAGAAGUGGAAACGGUGAAAGUUAGCUCGUCAGCAUCUCACCAUAUCACGCAGUCGGGGAACACCUUAGCAGGGCGGGCUAUUUAAACAGGUUAUCACUGCACUCUGCAUUGCUUAGUGCGACACAGGAUGCUCUCUGUUUCAAUGUGCUGCCUCCACCUCCCCGGCCUCCACCCUUGGUUCUGUGUUCCUUUCGUAGGGGGAAUGCGUCGCUGCUCUCUGCUCGGAUGUCGAGACGGUGUCUCCGUUGGGUGCGGCAGGCAGCAGCUGCAAGAAUAGCCAUUAUGC